UAAAACCUUUAAUUUUUGUCACAAUGGAAAAUGAAAAGCUACCAUCUCUUUCCCAUAAUUAAUGUUCACAAAUUAGAUUCAUAUUUUGAAGAUAUGCUGCAUCCACUGAAGUACAUAUGUCUCUACAUGAGUUGAUCUCGAGAACGAAAUUAGAACCGAACGGAGUUUUACAUCUAUUUUUAAUUUUAUAUAAUGAAGUUAGUCAAUCCAUAUAUAAAAUAUAUUUUUAACCAAAUUUACGAAGACAAAUCUAGCUAAAUAAACAAAAAGAAAUAUUCCAUUAGACUUCUUGAAAGUACUUAGAAAUUUAACGCAACAAAUACAAAACCGAAUCACUGAUCUCACAAUGCACGCUUGCAGAAAUUUCCUCAAAACAACCACCAAAUUUCUCAAAGAAAGAAAAUGCUUUAGAUCUUUCAAACCUCCCCGAAGCGAAACCAAUAUUCAAAACCACGUGCUCCCUAAUAAAAUUCAUACCCGGUCCGAGUACAUUAUACCUGACCCGACCCAAAAGGACCUUAUAUAUAUGUCCCCAUGCAAACACACAAAACAACUCAAAACACUCUUCAUCAAAACCAUUUCUCUCUCACUCUCUCUAGCCCCUCCAAUGGCUUCUAACUACGACAAACUCACUUCUUCCAGAGUAGCGAUCAUUGGUGCUGGUGUUAGCGGUUUGGCAGCCGCUAAGCACCUAGCUCAUCACAACCCGACCGUUUUCGAAGCCUCGGAUUCGGUCGGAGGUGUUUGGAAGAGCUGCUCUUACGAGACAACUAAGUUACAAUCGACACGAGUCGAUUACGAGUUCUCUGACUUUCCAUGGCCCAAUAGAGAUGAAACUACUUUCCCAUCUUACGUUGAGAUAAUAGAUUACUUGGAAGCUUAUGCCAAGCAUUUUGAUCUCCUAAAGUUCAUGAACUUUGGCUCUAAGGUCAUUGAAGUUAGGUAUACCGGUGAUGGCGAAACUCCACAGAUGGUUGACCUCGGUGCUUAUGGCAACAUGUUGCCUGGUAAACCUGUCUGGGAGGUUGCUGUUCAGAACGGAGAUGCUGGAGAUAUUCAGUGGCAUGCAUUUGAGUUCGUCGUAGUGUGCACCGGAAAAUUCGGCGACGUACCAAGAAUUCCGACGUUUCCAGCGAAUAAAGGGCCGGAGCUAUUCAAAGGAAAAGUGAUGCAUUCGAUGGAUUACUGCAAAUUAAACAAAGAAGAAGCUUCUCAUCUCCUCCGUGGCAAGAAAGUCGCCGUCAUUGGAUAUAAGAAAUCCGCCAUUGAUUUGGCUUUAGAGUCUGCUUUAGCCAAUCAUGGAGAAGGUGGACAAGCAUGCACAAUGGUGGUGAGAACAACACAUUGGGUGUUCCCACAUUACUGGAUAUGGGGUCUUCCAUUCUUCUUGUUCUACUCUACGAGAGCUUCUCAGUUCCUACAUGAUAGGCCUAACCAAAGCUUCCUUAAAACUCUCUUUUGCCUCAUAUUCUCUCUUCUGCGUGCCGUGGUUUCCAAAUUCAUCGAAUCAUAUGUUACGUGGAAGCUUCCUCUAGAGAAGUAUGGUCUUAAACCGGACCAUUCAUUUGAAGAAGACUAUGCUUCUUGUCAAAUGGCCCUCAUCCCGGAGAAUUUCUUUGAGGAAGCGGAUAAGGGUAUGAUCCGGUUUAAGAAAACAUCAAAAUGGUGCUUUUAUGAUCAAGGGAUUGAAUUUGAGGAUGGGACUACCCUAGAAGCUGAUGUUGUGAUACUGGCGACUGGUUACGAUGGCAAGAAGAAGCUCAAAGCCAUUGUUCCUGAACCCUUUCGAACUUGGCUUGAGUUUCCAUACGGUGUUAUGCCUCUAUACAGGGGAACAAUCCAUCCAUUGAUACCAAACAUGGGUUUCGUGGGAUACGUUCAAAGUAACUCAAACCUACACACAUCAGAGCUACGUUCGCUGUGGUUAAGCCGUCUAGUGGAUGGGAAAUUCAAAUUACCGAGCAAAGAGAAAAUGCUGGAACAAUUCUCCAAGGAAAUGGAAGUGAUGAGAAGAUCGAGCAGAUUCUAUAAACGUCAUUGCAUUUCUACCUUCAGCAUCCAGCAUGCAGAUGGUUUGUGUAACGACAUGGGACUCAAUCCACGGCGUAAAUCCAACUUGAUCCUCGAAGCCUUUAGUCCUUAUGGUUCUCAAGAUUAUCGACUCGAUGAAGAAGAAAGAAAGUAAUUGAAUAUAGUACUACUCA